AUGCCUCCUCAACAUGUGGAAAUUGCAGAGACGAUCGCAGCGCUUAAAAGAACCCUGCGGCGCGAAAGAGAUGGUCCCACGGACCAAGUCACCUCUGCGGCCACGAACAGAGGCCAUAAACUAGCAAGGGGUGCAAACUAUAUUCACGCUGGCGCUCUGCCCUAUCCACACGGCCAAGACGGUCACAAACAAAAAAUAGAACAUGCUGGCUACACGCGAUACAUCCUGCAACGCAACCCAAGGAGAUACAACGAGUUUGGCGACGAACUGGAAGAUAGCGAAAGUGACGCCGAGGCGGAUGCAGACGCUGAAGAAGAAAAUGCUUACGCCGGCAUCCGACUCGAAGAGCUGUUAUGUCCCUUAAAACACCCCUCGGAGCUCUCGAGCCACCCUACGCUGUCUUUACCCUUUACCGACCGCGCCCUUCCUGACAUGAUCAAAUCUACCGAAGAGAAACUGCGUCUGGAAAGAUCCAAUCUCUGGCGGGCCAAAAAUCUGAACAGACAAUUCAUGGGAGACGAGCCGUGGAUGCCACUCGAGACUACUGAGGGUGUGGAUGAUUGGGAUCUCUUCGAUCCCAAACCCGAACUACCUACACAGCACGCGGGAAAGAAAAGGAAGCGCGGCUUCGAGAACGAAAGCUCUCAGAACGGAGUGAAUGGACACAAUUACGCAAAUGGUGGAAAGGACGAGAAUGUGUCCAAUUCUGUGGCAAGUGUGCCAGAGACCAGCCCGAACACGGAUGACAGGGAUCAAGCUGCAAAGGCCGGCAAGUCGAGGCCGCUCCCUGAGAUAACAGUCGAGCAGUCUGCCAAAGAAGUAGCCGGUGAUCAGCCCGAACAUCCAAAAACGAACGGAGUACAUAAAGGAGAGGAUGGACCAGCUUCGAAAGACGAGACCGCCGAGAUUGAGGCAGGGAAAGAACAAGAUGCAUCCAUAACUGUGGAAGUGGAUGGCCAAGAGCGACAACCGGAGCAGGAAGGUGAUGCAGCGUCCGAAGACGAGAGUCAGCCGAAACCCACACGAAGGAUUACUCGAGCCCUGGCCGCUGAGCACAACAGCUCGACCGCGCCGACUCCUCCCCUCUCCCCAGAGUCAACGGUUUCAUCCAUAGACUCGUCCCUCCUUCAACCUGACCCGUUAUUCCUUCUUCCUCCCGUCCUCGCAGCAAACCACCGGCCACCACGGAGUCUAGCGCGUCUCGGCCUUCCCGUUGACGAACUGAUGGAGACUCGCCGUCUUCUGAUGAUGUACAUCCAAAAACAAGAGGAGAGCGUGCGCGGCUACGAGGCCGUGUUGGGAAAACUCAUCAAGGCGAAAAGGAUGCGGGACAAGGUCUGGAACUGGUGCAGAACCGAGGGCCACGUGGGCGAGUGGUCGGACGGGGAGGACUGGAUUGAUGCCGAGGCAUGGGGACUGCAGCCGGAGGAGCUGAGGAAAGGCAAGGACGAAGAAGUGGACGAAGCGCAGGAGGAUACGGGACGGAAGGGCAAGAGGAGACGACGAGAUUAG